AUGGCCGAACCUACGGCUGGAAGUCACAUCGGGCAUGAUGAGAGCAAUGCCGGACUUGUCGUUGAUGUGGAAAACACCAACAGCGUCGACAAUGACUCUGGUCUUGGAGACUCCGUAGCUGGGUCUCUCCUGUCCACAUCUCUCGCUCCAUCGAUCUUGGAUUACAAAUUUGAGAAUGGCCGGCGCUAUCACGCUUACCACGAGGGCAAGUAUGUUCUUCCGAACGAUGAACAAGAACAAGACCGUCUUGACUUGUUACAUCACAUAUUCCGCCUGAUUUUGGAUGGAGGUCUUUUUCGAGCUCCCUUACAGGAACUCAAGCCUCAGCGAACUCUCGAUAUGGGAACGGGGACUGGCAUCUGGCCGAUCGAGUUGGCUCAAGAUUUCCCAGAGUCCAUGAUCGUUGGUAAUGAUCUGAGUGCCAUCCAGCCUAAUUGGGUGCCACCGAAUGUCAAAUUCUACGUGGAUGACUUGGAAAGCGACUGGGCGUACCCUCAAACGGAGCACUUUGACUACAUCCAUGGCAGAGCCUUGAUCGGUAGCAUUACGGACUGGAAGAAACUCGUAUCUGAAGUAUUUAACCACCUUAAGCCAGGUGGGAUUUUUGAGAGCCAGGAAUAUCCCUGUGCCAUCUAUUCGGACGACGAUACGGCAUCCCUCGUUCCGGAACUUAUGGACUGGGUUAGUAAACUUAAUGAGGGCUGUGCAAAGAUUGGGAAACCGUCCGCCAAUGCCCAUUUAAUAAAGGGUUACAUGGAAGAAGCGGGAUUCGUUGACGUACAACAAGAGAUACACAAAGUCCCAAUCGGGAGGUGGGCAAAAGGCCACAAAAACAAAGAACUUGGCCUGUUCUAUCAUGCACAAUCAUUUGAUGCCGUCGAACCAAUGACCUUGGCUCUUUUCACCCGAGUACUUGGGUACACAAACGAGGAGGCACAGGUUGUCAUUGCGAAGGUAAAGAACGAUUUACGCAACAAAAAGGCUCACCUUUAUGUCCCUUUUUAUUUCAUAUGGGGACGAAAGCCCUAG